GUGACAGUGCUAAUGCUAAGUACUAAGUGCUACUGCUAAGAGAACAGUAUUCAGUUCAGUGUAUCGAUUUGUCGAGAAGAACAAUUGCAGCGUAUUGCGUCUAUAAUAACAUGCAAAAAUGAUGCUCGCUAGAGUGUGUCGAAGUGGUGUUUCACCGAAUUUGAUCAGUUUGUUGAAAUCUCCGGCUACUUCGAAAUCAUUUAUUCCAAGAAUCCAGUCUUCUAGAUUAUUCGCUAAUGAUGGACGGCACACAUUUGCCAGAUCAGCUCGUAGAUCAGCCACUAUCUCGGAACAAGCAGCGGCUCCCGCAGGAGAAACUGCAUUCUCUCUUGGAAAAGGAGCUCUCGCUGGUGGUGCUGUAAUAGGAUUAGGGUCCCUCUGCUAUUAUGGGUUGGGUUUCUCACCAUCUAUGGGUACCAUAGAUUAUGUGAAAUAUUGGCCUCAACAUGUGAAGGAGAGAAUUAGAACCACGUACAUGUAUCUUGGCGCAUCUAUACUGAGCAGUACAGCAGCGGCAGCAAUAUGUUUACGUUCACCAGUCAUUAUGAAUAUGGUGAUGCGUCAAGGAUGGGUUUCCAUGUUGGUAACGAUUGCAGCUGUUUGGGGUAGCGGUAUAAUGUUGCAGAGUAUUCCAUACAAAGAAGGAUUUGGUGCAAAACAGUUAGCAUGGUUGGCCCAUACUGGUACUGUUGGUGCAAUUCUUGCACCUUUGUACUUACUUGGAGGACCUUUGGUACUUAGAGCUGCGUGGUAUACUGCCAGUAUAGUUGGCGGUUUAUCUAUAGUUGCUGUUUGUGCACCAAAUGAAACGUUUUUGAAAAUGGGUGGCCCACUAGCAAUUGGUUUAGGAGUCGUAUUUGCAAGCAGUGUGGGAUCAAUGUUUCUGCCACCUACAACAGCUCUUGGGUCUGGAUUGUACUCUAUGUCUCUGUAUGGUGGUCUGAUAUUGUUUUCCAUGUUACUUUUGUAUGAUACACAAAGAAUUAUCAAACAAGCUGAAACAUACCCAGUCCACGAACAUAUGGUGAGACCAUAUGAUCCAAUUAACAACGCGAUCUCUGUUUAUAUGGAUGUAGUGAAUAUCUUUGUAAGGAUUCUCACACUGCUGGCAGGCGGAGGAAAUAGAAGACAAAAAUAAAGAUGAGAAAAUUUACUUCA